UAAAAUCACUGGGCUUUAAUAAACCAGCCAGGCUGCAUCUGUAGGAGGACUCUGGCAUCCACUACACAGAAGCAGCCAUUCCAGCCCCUUUUGUUCCUUGCCUCGCCUUGCUUCUCUUUGGCUUGGCAGCCGGCACAGCCUCUCCCCCAGGGAAUCUUUUCCACUGACCCCUGUGGUUGAAAUGCAGCUUCUGAUAGGCAGGCAGCUCCUUUUGCCUGAACCAUCCCGGCUCCCAGAGAGCUCGGCUGGGUUUAUUUAUAGCUGGCUCCUCCCCGACGUUCUAUUUCAGGUCACCCCCGGCAGAAGCCAUCUCGUUUGGUGGCAGGGAUGGGAAACAAUCGCAUGAAGGGAGCCGGCUCUGGCGUCUCACGGGAAAGAGGGCCUUUGUGAGAUUGACAGGGAGCUGCAGCCCUUCUUUUGUGAGAGAUCUCCUCUUCUAGAGACCAGCCCCAUCGCUCUGGAGUCCUGUUUUGUUUUUCAAACCUCUCUCAUGGCUUAAGAAGAUGCUCCCUCCCUCCCAGAGUGAAUCGAGCCACACCUGAGAUGUAACCCUUUUCUUCCCCCCCCCCCAACUCCUUUUCUUCUGCCUCUGCCUUUUUGCAUCGUGAGACUCUCUUGCCCCAUUCGCUUUGGAGUUGAGAAAAUAGUUGUCUCCCCUUCACUCCUUCUGCCUUGCAAGGAGAUUUCCUUCCACAACAAGCAUUUUUUUUUCCAAUUUUCCUUUCCUGGCAGCUUUGAUUUAUUCUUGGGGCUUUCCUCACCGCUACCACCACCACUGCUGUGAAACCAUUUAACUUUCGCAAGGAGACUCUUCAACAAGGAGGACGGAUGUGUGUGCGUGUGUGUGUGGCUGGUUUAAAAGAAGGGGAUGCUGGAUGGUUUGAAUUGGCAAUAUAGCAUAAGCAGACGCUCCCUCGAAGCCUUUGGCUGUGCAACGGAUCGUCAUAAAGGGAAACUGAAGUGGAAUAGCAGCAGUGUGCGAUCGCUCCUUGGCAUGCUUCUCGUAUCCUCGGUGUGGGGACUGCCAGAGAUGUUGCAGACAAUUUACGAAACCGAAUCGUGUUUUUCUUCAGAUGGAGUUUCUGGACGCGAGCCGUCGCUGGAACUCCUGUCACGGGCACAGAUCCAUGCCAUACCUGUGGCAGCUGUGGACUUGAAGCCGGUGCUUCCUGUGGUGAUGCAGAGCUCUUGCAACAGCAGCAGCAGCAGCAGCAGCCCGGUGGACUUGCGGAUGGACGCCCGGCCCAGUGUGCCUCCCGUGGACCCAGCCGUCCGGGAACAGCAGCUGCAGCAGGAGCUACUGGCCCUGAAACAGCAGCAGCAUUUGCAGAAGCAGCUGCUCUUUGCUGAGUUUCAAAAGCAGCACGAACAUCUAACGCGGCAGCACGAAGUCCAGUUGCAGAAGCACCUCAAGCAACAGCAGGAGAUGCUGGCAGCAAAGCGUCAACAAGAACUAGAGCAGCAGCGUAAGCGAGAACAGCAGCGGCAGGAAGAGCUGGAGAAGCAACGUCUGGAGCAGCAGCUUCUUAUCUUGCGCAACAAGGAGAAAAGCAAAGAGAGUGCCAUUGCCAGCACCGAAGUGAAGCUGAAACUUCAGGAGUUCCUUCUCAGCAAGUCAAAAGAGCCGACUGUAGCAGGCGGCUUGAACCAUUCCCUCCCUCAGCACGCCAAAUGCUGGGGGGCUCACCAUGCCUCAUUGGACCAGAGUUCCCCUCCCCAGACAGGAAGCCCGGGAACACCACCCUCUUGCAAACUACCUUUACUCGGCACUUACGACAGCAGAGACGACUUUCCGCUCCGGAAAACUGCCUCGGAACCCAACUUAAAAGUGCGCUCGCGGUUAAAACAGAAGGUUGCGGAGAGACGGAGCAGCCCCCUGCUGCGGAGGAAAGAUGGGACCGUCAUCAGCACCUUCAAAAAGCGAGCAAUUGAAAUCACAGUGUCUUCAAUGUGCAACAGUGCCCCCGGGUCUGGCCCUAGCUCCCCGAACAGCUCCAACAGCGCCAUCACCGAAAAUGGACUUACGGGCUCAGUGCCCAAUAUCCAUACCGAGAUGCUGCCCCAACAUCGAGCUGUCACCAUGGAUGGGUCAGCUAGCCAGCUCAGCCUCUACACCUCCCCAUCUCUGCCCAACAUCUCCUUAGGACUUCAGGCUACUGUCACGGUGACAAAUUCACACCUCAACGCCUCUCCGAACCUUUCCACGCAGCAGGAAGCUGAGCGCCAGGCCCUCCAGUCCUUGCGCCAGGGGGGUGCCUUGACGAGCAAAUUCUUGAGCAUGUCAUCUAUCCCCAGCUGCCUUCUGGGGGUGGCGCUCGAAGGCGAGACCAACAACCAUGGGCACGCGUCCUUGCUUCAGCACGUCCUGCUUUUGGAACAGGCACGACAGCAGAACACGCUAAUUGCAGUUCCUCUGCACGGCCAAUCCCCUCUGGUGACAGGGGAGCGCGUCCCCUCCAACCUGCGGACGGUAAGCAAGCUGCCUCGGCACCGCCCGCUGAGCCGCACGCAGUCGUCGCCGCUGCCUCAGAGCCCUCAAGCGCUGCAACAUUUGGUUGUGCAGCAACAGCAUCAGCACUUCCUGGAGAAACAGAAGCAGCAGCAGCAGAUCCAACUGGGAAAGAUCAUCACCAAGACCGGCGAGCUGCCACGGCCCCCCACCACCCACCCGGAAGAGACAGAAGAGGAGCUGACUGAGCAGCAGGAGUCCUUGGGCUUAGGCCUGGGCCAGGGGCCCUUUGUGGUGGAUGGGUCAACAGAGAGCGAGGGAACACAGGAUGACCUGGAGGAGGAGGAAGAGGAGGAGGAGGAGGAGAAGGAGGUGGAAGAGGAGGAGGAGGUGGACGAAGAGCAGGGCUGUCUCCGAGUGAAGGACGAGGCUGGGGAGAGCAGGCUGGAAGAAGAGCAGGAGGUGGAGGAGCUGGGAGUGACUUACAGGCAGGUGUUUGCAGAUGCACAUCAGCUACGGCCCCUUCAGCUCUACCAGACUCCCCUGAGCAUCAACACUCUGUCCCAUCAAGCACUGAGCCGCACCCAGUCUUCACCUGCCAGUACUAGUCUGAAGAGCAGUACAGCCGAACCCUUGGCCAAUCACCUUUUCACUACAGGUGUAGUUUAUGACACAUUCAUGCUGAAGCAUCAGUGUACAUGUGGAAACACUAAUGUUCACCCAGAGCAUGCUGGGAGAAUCCAGAGUAUCUGGUCCAGAUUACAGGAGACAGGGUUGCUAAGCAAAUGUGAGAGGAUCCGAGGCCGGAAAGCAACAUUGGACGAAAUCCAGACAGUCCAUUCUGAGCAUCACACGUUACUAUAUGGAACCAGUCCCCUGAACCGGCAAAAGCUUGACAGCAAGAAAUUGCUAGGCCCCCUUACUCAAAAGAUGUACGCCGUCCUCCCAUGUGGUGGGAUUGGGGUUGACAGCGACACAGUGUGGAAUGAGAUGCACUCAUCCAGUGCGGUCCGCAUGGCUGUUGGCUGCCUAGUGGAGCUGGCCUUUAAAGUGGCAUCUGGGGAGCUUAAGAAUGGAUUUGCUGUCAUCCGGCCUCCAGGUCAUCAUGCAGAAGAGUCCACAGCCAUGGGCUUCUGCUUCUUCAACUCUGUUGCCAUUGCUGCCAAGCUCCUCCAGCAAAAACUUGGCAUCAGCAAAAUCCUCAUUGUGGACUGGGAUAUCCAUCACGGCAAUGGCACCCAGCAGGCAUUCUACAGUGACCCCAACGUGCUCUAUGUCUCCCUCCAUCGCUUUGACAAUGGCAAUUUCUUUCCAGGCAGUGGAGCUCCUGAAGAGGUCGGCAGCGGGAUGGGUGUAGGCUACAACGUAAACAUUGCCUGGACUGGUGGAGUGGACCCCCCCAUCGGUGAUGUGGAGUACCUGACCGCCUUCCGGACUGUGGUGAUGCCAAUAGCCCAUGAGUUCUCCCCAGACGUGGUCCUCGUUUCUGCUGGCUUCGAUGCUGUGGAAGGGCACCAGUCCCCGCUGGGUGGAUAUUCCGUCACGGCCAAAUGUUUUGGGCACCUGACCAAACAGCUGAUGAAGCUGGCGGGUGGUCGCGUGGUCCUAGCGUUGGAGGGAGGACACGACCUGACAGCCAUCUGUGAUGCCUCUGAAUCCUGUGUCUCCGCCUUGCUCGGCCUUGAGCUGGAGCAGUUGGAUCAAGCUCUGUUGCAACAAAAGCCCAAUCCAAAUGCCGUGGCCACGCUGGAGAACGUCAUUGAAAUCCAGGGCAAGCACUGGAGCUCAGUGAAACGCUACGCAGCAAUUGUCAGCUGUUCCUUGCUGGAGGCGCAGAAGGGCGAAGCGGAGGAGGCCGAGACGGUCAGCGCCAUGGCGUCGUUGUCGGUAGACACGGAGCAAGGGAAAGCAGACAGCGAUGUCCGACAAGCAGAAGAGCCCAUGGAGGCUGAACCCGUGUUGUGAAGUGCCAAGACUUCGAUUUGUGUAGCUGUCACUCUGUGGGUUAAUUAGUCAUUUGUGAGUUCGUUAAAACAACAACAACAACAACGACAAAUAUUUUUUUUAUCUAUUAAAAAGAAAAAAAGAAAAAAAAAGAGUUGCACUGGACAAAAUGAGCCCGUGUGUGUGCGUGUGUGCGUGUGCGUGAUCGCGUCAGUCUCCUGGCAUUCGUUCUCACCAGCAUCACCGUUUUGUCCUAACUCUUUGGGAUUUGUCAGGGGAAUGGUGGGGGGCUUUCACAUGGGCAUCUCCUCCGUUAUUCCUUUCUUAGGCAUCAUUUACCCACCUGCUAAACCCAUCCCCUCUUCUCAAGCCUGGCAGAAGCCAUUUUGUUGCCCUAGGUGAAAAGUAAUUCAUUCUCUCUCUCUCUCUCUCUCUCUCUCUCUCUCACACACACACACACACACACACACACAUAUACACACCACAAGUUCUUGUAGCCGAGGGAGGAGAGAGUUGUGUUCCCAUUUCAAAGGUUUCCCCAGUUUCAGCUCUUUUCUCCUACUCCACACAUGUGAGUGGAGACUUGUGCUCCAUUCACUCGCGUGGCGUGAGGGGAAAUGGGUUACUGUCAGGAAAGCCGAGGAGGUGGGCUGAUAACCUCCAAGGGUCUAGGGCAGGAGCGGGGUUGUGUUUCCCCCCUUUAGAGAUUUCCCACGUAGCCUGGAGCCCUUAGGCAGCGACCUGCAGCGCCUCUCUUGGCUUGGGCCAGCCCCCGGACCUUCUUGCCGAAUGUGUUCCUGAAAUGCCCUUUCUCUCCUCUGGGAUAUUUGCACAUGGAGGUGGGAUUGAAGGCUGAGUCCCAAAAGGCAUUUUCAAAUAUCCUUUCCUGCCUCCCCAGUUUCUACUCCUAGUUUCUCACUCUUCCCUCCCCGCUGCCCCCACAAAGAAUAUGUGUUUUUAGAUCCAACCCGUUUCAAUUCGAUCCUACCUUUGUUGCCUCUCCCUUUCCCUCCUGAUCCAUCUCAGCUUUAAACUGUUCCUCAAUAUGUAUAGUUCUGAGUUAAACUCUAGGAGGAGCCCCCAAGGUGAGGAGAAAGGAAAAAUGUGUGCCUUUAAGUCAUUUUUGUUAAUGCCUUAAUUUCCCUGUGAGUUCACUUUUUCUCCUCCAUCCUUCCCCUGCCCCGCAGCCCAACCCACCUUAGUUAACCUUCUCUGUGGGAGAUAAUCCUGUAUAAUUAUGGAAAGGAAUCCCGUGUAAUCCCCAGCACCGGUGCACAUUGGCUCCGAUCCAGCUCCAGUUGUGCAUAAACAAACCAGUAAUACCUAUGACUAGAUCAUGGAGGUGGGGAUCCACAUUUGAACAUGUGUCACAAUAUGCACCCAGAGCAAUGCAGUGCAGACGGACUCCGCAUGCUCAGUUGUGCAUUUAGUUCCGGAUUUGAAAUACGUGGCGGAUUUAUGCCGUCCGUUCCCAAUCUGGCAAGCGCUCCUCGCACACAAGCCUAUUUGCAAGCAUGGAUCUCCUUAGCUGGAUCGGGCCAUGUGUCAUUCACAUCCCUUUUGUAAUGAAGAUUUUGCUGAUGUUGACUGUUCCAUGACCAAUGCUUUCUUGAAGUUCUCUCUCUCUUUUCUUCUUUACUCUUCCUUUUCCCCCUCCCCUUCUUCAUUUUGUCAUUGUUUGAAAGACUUCUCAUCACUUAUUGUAAAUAAUUUGAUUUCUUGUAUCACGUGCACAAACUUUGUUUCGAUGAAACUUUGUCCGUUCAUAAAGAAAAAGAAAAAGGAGAGAAUUCUUUGCUGUUACUUCACCAGCCAAAAAAAAGAAAAAAGAAGAAAAAAAAAGGAAAAAAUUGAACAAUUUUAGCUUUUAAAAGAAAUGGAUAUAAAGAAAAAAAAGGUAUAUAAUUUUAUUACAGAUGUAUUAUUUAAUAGUAUUUUUUUAACUUGUACCACAAAACUCUCCUUUCCUUUGGAAAGUUGUUAGCAGGGAUAAUGCAACAAGGGAAAAGAAGGGGCUUGGUAUUGUUUUCACUAAUUCAGGGCGA